GCAUAUAGCUGCCAUACAAACUGAUCUAGCAAACCUAAGCCCUUGUAUGAAAAACUUGUUUAUAUACUUAGUUACUAAACUAGAACUACUUUUGAUAUGUUUAUUGGCAGAAGUUGUUCAAAAAUCUACCUAUUAGCCCUAACACAACCACUUGUUUGUGUUGUUUUUAAUAUAUUUUUCGAAAAAUUACUAGAUUUUCGAAAUUUUAAAGAAGAAAUCAUUCGAUGGUGCUUAAAAAUCUCCAACCCACCUUAAUUAAGCUAAAUGACAUUAAGCGGUCAGCAAUGAGUAGCGACCUACGAAACAUCUGGUAAGUGUGUCGCGCUGUGCAACUAUGCGUCUGCAUUGCAUAUUUUUGGUUUUUAGGUGCCACACUGAACUUGUAUUGGCUGGCUGCCAAUGCAGCGCACGCACAACCAUACAAACACACACACACACAUACAAGACAUCUGUGUACGUAUGCUUGUGCACGCUGGCAAAAAGGAGUUUCCGCUAGCGACUCUCGCAGUACUUGCAAAGUUCUUUGUGUUCACCCUGUCGUCGCGCUCUCGCAUGCUGUCGCUGGGGCGCAUUGUAUUUGCUGUUUUUUUUGUGCUGCAGCUUAGGUUUUUUUCGCCGCUCAAUCGCUACACACACACCACACACUUUUUUUUACUUCAUUUGUUGUUGUUGUUGCUAUUGCUGUUUUUGUGUCCACUGCGCCUGCUUUUAUGCUGAGCUUUGUGGCAUAAUGCUGUUGUGUGUCACAUAACGGUAAGCGUCAGCAUACACCUCAACUUUGAACGCUGCCCACAGCGCAGCUUGGUGCUCGCCUAACGGUUGUUUAGGCGCCGUCGCCUCCAAUCAAAUAUACAAAACGCCCAGGCGAGCUUGCGGCUUUGUGGGCAGCUAAAGCAAAUACAACAACAAGUACACACACACAUGUGUCUCCAUGUAAUUACACAUAUGUUUGCCUACAUUUGCUCACCAUGCCAACCACGCGAAGAGCGCCUAAAAGAUGCACACACCAACACACACAUGCAUGCUGAUAUUGCCGAGUGCGCAUCGUUCGCUCAGUGCCAAUGCGAGCAGCGCACACAAUAAGCAUUUGCUGCGUGAAUGACAGACGGAAUGCUUUAUGAUGAGUGUUUUAUUUGCAUUGCAGCAGUUUUGCCACCAACGCGCCUGCACUUGUGGUUGAGUAACGAGGUUCGUAAGUUGCCUGUGCAUGUGUGCGUUUGUGUUUGGCUGUUGUUGAUGGCUUUGCUACUUGGCUCUGACUGACUGACAUUGAAUAAUUCAAUGUUCUUUUGCUAGCUGCUCUAUUAUUGCUUGUUUUUGCUGUCAUACAUGUCCUUACAAGUGCGCAUAUACUCACUAACACACACACAUACAUACAUACACAUACACAUAUGUAUGUACAAACCGUAUGUGUGCUGAGCGCUGCUCUCACAAGCGAAAUCACUUAGCAUUGCUUGGGCGCUCGCGAAGUUGCUGCUGUUGCCUUUAGCUUUGUUGUAUUCAUUGUUGUUGUUGCCGCGUCUCCGCUGUGCACCGAAAAACACUCUUAGGCACUCCGUGUGCCAUCGUCUCGGCGCACAUUCGCGCACGGGUUUCAGCUGAAAAUGGACGUUUCGUGAGCGCUUUGGGGCAAAUUGCGAUACACCGAUACUGGCUUUAUUUUUUUAUUGAGGCUGCACAUAUAUAAUAUAAUAUUUAUUAUAGAAAAAUCGUAUUAACAAAAACCGAAGUGUGAUUAAAGAAAUCAGUGAUUAAAAACAAACAAAAAACAGCGCUGUGCAAUAUAACUUAAAAAAAAAAAAUACAAAUAAAAUUUUCUACAACCCCUACCCUAACUCAAACAAUAAGUGCGUAAUCGUCGUUGUUUUAACAGCAACAACACGCAAGCGUAUUUGACCGCAACAUGGCUUGGGGUUACUGGAGCGCCACCACAGUAGAUCGUGGUCGUUCGCCACGACGCAACACGCAAUGUACACCGUUACCGGUGAAUUUGAUGCAACAAGAAGAGGAUAACACCUGUAAUAGCACGCAAAAUGCGUCAGCAGCCGCUGCGGCCUCGGCAAAUAACAGCAAUAGCGGUAACGGCAGCGGUGGUGGUGGCGGCGGUGGCAACUCGAAUACUUGCCCGAAUACACCAUCCGGCACGCAAGCGAAUCUCUGCUAUAGUCCAACGUGUCGCAGUCGCUGCAGUAGUCCCUGCCCGGGCAGUCCGUGUCCGGGUAGUCCAUGCGGCUCGAUUACACCGCCACCGCCGCCACAAUUAACAUCGUCGCAACAACAUUUGCAUCAGCAUUCGAAUAAGAAUUGUCCGGCCGCACAGCAAAUACUCAAUUUGGAUGAUUAUCCGUCGCGGCGGCAAUCGUUGGAUCGGCUAGAUAGUCCACAGGCCAAUCAACUGUCGGAUAUAUUGUGUCGCGGCGCCGUCGUCUCAUCCAUACAAUCGGCUAAUAACACGUUGACGCGCGGCGUCUCACUGCACAGCCGCAGCGGUAGCGCUCACGGUAGCAUUCAUGGUGGUAGUCAUCACGGCAGCUAUGGCGGUGGCGGCGGCGGAACCGGCAGCGCACAUGGUUCAAUGGGCUGUCUGCAGGGCAGCAUGGGACAUUUGAUGGGCGCCGGUGGCAUUGGCGGUGGCAUGGGUGGCGCUAGCACCAGCGGCAGCGUCGGCAUGCUCUCGGGCGCAAUUGAUACCGGCGACUAUGAUGUACCGCAUCCGCAUCCCUAUACGCAUCAUUAUAUGCAGACAUCGACAUCGAUAACGCCGCCACAUUCCACAAUGAGUUUGAUCGGUUCACGACCCGGCUCAGCUGGCGCUUGUCCGGGUCAUGAUUCGGGUUCAGACUCGAGUCAAGGCUGCGGCUCAACAAUGGGUGGCGGCAUUGCUGGCGGCGUUAGUGGUGUACAUGGCAUUGGCGGCAUGAGCAUUGGCAGCAGUCAUGCUGGCCAUAUGAUCGGUGGUGGCGGUGGCGGUAUUGGUGUGGCCAUGGGUAUGGGCAUGAUUGGCGCUGCUGGUAUGAGUGGUCAUCAUAGCGGUGGCAGCGGUUCGUUGGGACGCUGUUCAAGUCGUUGUCAUAAUACAAUGAAUACAACAACAAACACCACCACCACUGAUGAUUCGGGCGGCGGCAGCGGUGGUAGUGGUGGCAGCGUUUUUAUCGGCAGCUGUCGCAUGGGACCAUCCACCAGUGGUGGUGUCGGCGUCGGUGUUGGUGUUGGUGUCGGCGUUGUUGGCAUCAAUGUCGGCGGCAUGGGUGGCGGCAUAAUGGAGAAUCCACAUCGCAGCAGCUUGCAUGGCAGCGAGGGAAGCGGCUUGAAUGUUUGCGGCAUGGCCGGUAGCGGUGGCAGUGGCGGUAGUGUUGGUGGUCGCAGCAGCACACUCGGCACCAUACAUAAUGGACAUCAUCAUCAUCAAUAUCACCAUGAAUGUAUACACUACGAGCGUCUACCUAUACCUGUUCCUAUACCGACUGUGCCAAUACAACAGCAACAGCAACAACACUUGCAUUCCGAAGAAGAAAUCGAACCAGCCUAUGCAACAGUAUUUCCAAAUGUACCUUCUGCACCUGGCCUGUCCUGUGAUGGCGAAGAUCGCAGCAUCUACAGACGUGGCGCACGCAGAUGGCGCAAACUAUACCGAGUCAACGGACACAUUUUCCAAGCCAAACGUUUCAAUCGACGCGCCUUCUGCGCUUACUGUCAGGAUCGCAUCUGGGGCUUGGGACGGCAAGGUUUCAAGUGCAUACAAUGCAAAUUGUUGGUGCACAAAAAAUGCCAUAAACUCGUACAGAAGCACUGCACCAACGAACAUGUGGAGCCGUUAGUCAAGGAGCGUGAUGACGCUUUCGCCGAACAGCUGCCGCAGGUGUUGCCACCACUACCUGAUUAUGCGUCGCAGGCGAGUGGCAGUGGACAUGGUGGCAUGGUGGAUGUCUGUGAUCCGUUGGCAGCGCUCGAACUACAGUCGCAUGAUGGUCAAUUGCAACAGCAAUCCCAACAACAUCAGAAUAUCGAAGAACAAUUGGAGCCGGGCACACAGCGGCAAUAUUCCAUAAACGAUUUCGAAUUGAUACGCGUCAUUGGACGUGGCAGCUAUGCUAAGGUCUUGAUGGUCGAACUCAAGAAUACUGGUCGCAUUUAUGCGAUGAAAGUGAUUAAGAAAGCGCUUGUAACCGAUGAUGAGGACAUCGAUUGGGUGCAAACGGAAAAGCAUGUCUUCGAGACAGCAUCGAAUCAUCCGUUCUUGGUCGGUUUGCAUUCAUGCUUCCAGACACCGUCACGGCUCUUCUUUGUGAUUGAGUUUGUGCGCGGCGGUGAUCUUAUGUUCCAUAUGCAACGACAACGUCGUCUACCCGAGGAGCAUGCGCGCUUCUAUGCGGCAGAAAUCAGUUUGGCAUUGAACUUUUUACACGAGAAAGGCAUCAUUUAUCGUGAUUUGAAGUUGGAUAAUGUGCUGCUCGACCAUGAGGGUCACAUUAAGUUGACCGAUUACGGUAUGUGUAAGGAGGGUAUACGUCCCGGUGAUACGACCUCUACCUUCUGCGGCACACCCAAUUAUAUAGCGCCAGAGAUAUUGCGUGGCGAAGACUAUGGUUUCUCAGUGGAUUGGUGGGCGUUGGGCGUGCUAUUGUACGAGAUGUUGGCCGGUCGCAGUCCAUUUGAUAUAGCAGGUGCAUCGGAGAAUCCCGAUCAGAACACUGAAGAUUAUCUAUUCCAAGUGAUUUUGGAAAAGACCAUACGUAUACCGCGUUCGCUGAGCGUCAAGGCCGCAUCUGUAUUGAAAGGUUUCCUUAAUAAAAAUCCAGCUGAUCGCUUGGGUUGCCAUCGUGAGUCCGCUUUCAUGGACAUUGUGAAUCAUCCAUUCUUCAAGAGUAUCGACUGGGAAAUGAUCGCACAAAAGGAAGUACAACCACCAUAUAAGCCAACAUUUGAUCCUGGCGAUCCAUAUAUGGCCACAAAUUUCGAUACGCAAUUUACUAGAGAAGCAGCCGAGCUGACGCCAGAUGAUCCUCGCGUCAUUGAUAAGAUAGAUCAAUCGGAGUUCGAAGGAUUCGAAUAUGUGAAUCCGCUGCUGAUGUCCUUGGAGGAUUGCGUCUGACACCACGAGUCAUGUGAUUUGCAUCCCUAUAAUAUGCGUUUGUAUGGCGAGGACUCCAGUGAUUAUGACUCAGUAGCUGAUGAUUUAAGUAUUUUGCAAUUGCACGCACCGCCGCCAACAACCGCUAAUAAUAAUCUAACGAAUCUUCGUAUGCAGCAGCAACAACAACAUUUACAACAACAUCACCAACAGCAACAGCAGCAGCAGCAGCAGCAUCUACAAAUGCCGCCACUAAAUCAGAAUCCCAAUCAUAGUCAGAAUAAUCAUCAUAACGGUAACAAUAAUAAUCAUAAUCAUAAUUCCAAUAAUAAUAAAAGUCUACUGCAGCACAUGUUUUGCCUUCCAUUAAAUUAAAAUAAACAAGAAAAUUGCAAAAACAAGAAAAAAAAAGCAUAAAAAUAAUGAAAACAGUAAAUCAUAAAUCAAUAAGGACAAGCGUAAAGUGAAAGUAAACAUUAAAGAUGCAAGUAAAAGAACCAAAAAAAAAAAAACAAAAAAAUAUAAAAUAAACUGCAACAAAACAGCUAGAGCGGAUGCAACACUAACAAAACAUACGAACAAGUUGUGACAACAACCAUAGCGCAGCAAUCACAACAACAACACUUGCUACUACAGCCACUAAUAUACAACAACAACUAUUUGUAUACGUAUUUGGUGUGCUUGUGUGUAAGUGUAAGGCAGGCAGCAAUUAGGGUGGUCGAAAGGUGAUGGAGAAUAAUUAAAUGUGCAUUAGCGUUCCGAAAAUGUAGCAUGCUGCACGAAUAGUUUAGGCACUUGCAAGCUUUUUUUUUUAAAUUAUACAUUUUGUUUUUUCAAAUAAUUUUCAUAAGUAAUAUAGGCGAAAUUCGUUUCAACUAUUAUUUGAAAACUAUUUUAUGGUAUUAAAAAUUUCUAUUUAACGGAAAUACUUCAAUGUCCGAUAUUAAAGCUUGACUCUCAGGUUUGAUUUGGGAAAAAUUCCUUUCGAAAUUCACUACAAAAAGACAUUUUCGAACAUAUUUUAGGUUUUUAAAUAAUUUGAAAACAACUUUUGUGGUUUGAAAAGAACUGUUGUGUUUUUGAAAAUAACUUUUAUGUUUUCGAAAAAAACUUUUGUGUUUAUGAAAAAAAAUUUCGUGGUUUUGCAAACACCUUUUAUGUUUUUGAAACAACUUUUGUGUUUUUGAAACAACUUUUGUGUUUUUGAAACAACUUUUAUGUUUUUGAAAACAACUUUUAUGGUUUUGUUGUUAUAGCAGCAUAUAUUUUGCGAAAGUGAUUACAAGUAUUUUAAUUUGAAAAUAUUACUUCGGUCGGACUUCUGUGUUUGUUUUAAUUUAAAUAAAUUUUUAUGAAUUUGACUGUUGAGUUUCGCGUUUAGCCUGCACAUUGCCACUUAAUAAUUUGCCUUGUACCGAAAUAUGUAGUAAAUAUUGAGAUUUCUGUAGUUUAUAAACUGCUUAAAAAUCGUUGCAUAGUUUGAGGAUGUUAGCAUGCAAGCAAUUGAACGCUGAGAAAAACAUAAAUAAAGUUAAAAAAGAAGCUCGAAAAUAAUGAUUUCAAUUUUCUAAGCACAGAAAUUCUAAAAUUAAGAGCGGAGCAAUGCAAUGCUCGAAAAUAUUUAUUUCACCUAAAAACUUUAAAAAUCUUUGCAGAUUUCUAGGGUGCGCUAUACAUUUUUUUGAAAACCGUUGGAAAGUUUUGUACACAAAAAAUAUUUUUACGAAAGUUUGAAUUUUUAGUUAUGAAACUGAUUAUUAUUCGAAACUAUUGUUUCUAAAUGUAAUUUUUUUUUACUGAUAUUAAACGUUUUUUAGUAUCUGAGUUUUAUUUAUAUACCAAAAAUUUUAACUGCAGCAAUAUAUUAAGUUUGUUUGUUUGUUCGUUUGUCUGUGGGAAUUUUAUGCAUGCGAAAAUUGAUCACUGAGACUUGAUUUUAAUUUUUUUGAGAUUAGGCUAGAGCUUAAUUUUUUAAAAUAUUUAAUAUAUUUGAGAUUUUAUAAAAACUAAAAAAACACUUUUUUAAGUGUACAAAAAAAUUUUACUUCUCCUAAUUAUUGUUAUUCCGAGCACAUUUUGUAAACAGAGUUGAUUUUUUUUUGCUUUCAUCUGAAAAUUAUGCAACAGUUCAGAAAUUUCUUUGCAUUUUGAAUACUGGCAUAUACGUAAAUAUGUAAGCCUUAUUUUUCGUAUGAGAACUUCAUUUUUGUUUUAAACGAGGUUUUAAAAUGCUUUAUCAGGCCUACAUUAAUUGCUAUUUGGCUGCUAAGUCACUAUACUGAUUCUUGUUAUUCCUUUUUAUAGUUAAUUUGUAUUGCUAACGUGAGCUAAUGCAUAAUAGAAGAAAGCAAUGCAAAGUGCUGCGAAUUAGAGAGUAAUUUCAAUGGCUGCUGACUAAAAAAAAAGUAAAUGAAAAGAAAAAAAAUUAAAUAUAGAAAAAAUAAUUAAAAAUGUUGCAUGUAAAGCAAUGAUGUGGUUGAAGAUGCUGAAAAAAAAAUUAAAAAAAUGUGGUCAAUAAAAAAUUUGUAAGAAAACAAGCUGUUACAGUUAUGUGUGCAUGCGGAGGUAGUGGCAGUUAAUGUUAAGACGCAACUGAAAGGUUUUUUAAUAUUAGCAUUAAAGAUAAAUUAAUGAAAAAAUGAGAAAAAAUUAAUAAAAAUAAAAAAUAAAUUUAAAACGCAAAACGAACAACUAUAUAAAAUAUUGUGACAUUUUAGCAAAGCAUGUUGGCGUAAGUUGGCAAAAAAUCACAACACACAUACAAAAUUUGAAAGAAAAUAGAUAAAUAUAAAAAAAAAGUAUUUAAGACAUGCCAAGUAAUUAUGUAAUUGCAAUUGAACUGUAUGUUUGUAGCGAGCAAGCGGCAACACUAAAAAAAUAAAACAAAAAACAAAAAAUUAGCGCGAGUAAAGAAAAUUAUGUGAAAAAUAAAAUAGAGUUUUCAAAAUACUUUACUUUUUAAAACACCACAUUCACUCACAUACACACAUACGAUGGUACUUUAGUCUAGAUUUAUUGCUAAAUAAAUGAAAAAAUAAAAAUAAUAUAAAUGAACAACAAAUUAAUUAAAUAAAACUAUGUAUUGUACUACAACUACGACUACAGCAAAACUACUAUUAUUACUAAAUAUUAAUAUAUAAGCAAGAAAGUAAAUUCUAAAACAAUUAAAAAAACGUAAAUAUUAUUAUACAUACAUAUAUGAUGUUAAUUGAAAUUUCUGCUGCAAUAUUACAUAAAGCGCAUGUGUGCAGCGGCAGUCGAUUGUUCGGAAAUAAUUAUUGUUAUUACAAAAAAAUUAAUAACGUUAAUUAUGUGCAAAGUUUAUUUGAAUUUUGGUUAUAUUAGUAACUUUAUGUUGCCGAAUUACAAACACUGCAGGUUCGAGAUUUACGAAAAUUUUUCAAAUACGAUAAUGUAUUAUGUUCUUGUUGUAAAAACUAAUACAACUUCUUACUGUCUUUCAGACAGCGCUUAAAUUUUGUACACUGAGUGGUUCGAGAUUUUCGAAAAAUAUUCAAAUACACUUAUUACUUAUAUUAAGCUGUUGUUGUUAUAUUAGGAUAGUUAUUUUGAAGACGCUUCCAAGGUUUAUCUGUCCAAAAAUGCGCGAAUUUGUAUACAAAAACAACAAUAUAAUGUAAAAAAUGUACUCCGUUAGACAACUUUCCAAAACUUUCGAACACAUUUUCUAGUAAAAUUUUAAUUUUUUCAUUGUUUUAUCAACAAUUAUUCAAGCACUUUUUGCGAGUUAAAAUUUUAUUUAAUUUUAUGCAAUAUUUUUCCAACGAUUAUUCGAAACUCAAACUCGAAAAUCAACAAAGUUACUUAAAUUAAAAGAUUUGCUGCAGUACACAUGCGCUGAUUAUUAAAAAAUUGUUUUCGUUAUCGUGUUUUCUUGUUUAUCUGUUUGAAAUCAGUAGUAGUAAAAAUAAGAAAUUGUAAAUUCGAAAAAGUAUAUUUCUAAACUGCUGUUGAAAAACGACUGCGUUUUUUUCAAAAAUUAUAUAAAUUAUUUCAAUAUUCUCAUAUGCACUAUAUGUAAGUAUUGAAAAUGCAAUUCGAAACGAAAUUUUCGAACUUCGAAAAACAUUCCAAAAUUUCGAUUUUCGAAAAACAUUCCAACUGUACUUAAAGUGACGUUAUUUUAUAUAUUUAUCUAAAUUUCGCUCCCAAAUAAAUAGUAUUUUUUUAAACAAAUUUUAUGUUACACGUAAAUUACAUACACACAUACAUCCACACAUGCAAUGUUAUGAAUAUAAUUUAAUUAAGUAGUAGUGAUUUAAGCGUAAAAUUAAUAUAAAUCAUGAAUAUUCUAAAAGAAGCAACACCCUUAAUAUUAUUAUUAUUAUUAUUACUUGAAACAAGAUGAACAAAGUAAAAAUAACAAAAACAAAAAAAAAACCAUAAAACUGAAUGAUAAACAAAACUUGAAAUCAAAGUUUAGCGCGCAGUGCAAAGGCAACUUUUAAUGUUUCGAUUAAGCUAAGACAUAAAAAAUACAUAAUUACAAUUACAUACAUACUCUUAUGCAAACAACUCGAUAAUUAAGUUCGAAAAAUAAUUCUAAAACCGAAAAUAGUUAAAGUAAAAGGUGCAUUCCAACACUCACAUACAUACAUACAUGCAUAUUUUUUUUUUUUGGUUAAACAAUGUGUUUGUGUUUGUGGGACCAUACUACUUACAGGAUGAAAAAAUUUGUGAGCACCGAUUGUCAACAUUAUUAUUUGAGACUUUUGCCAGCGGAAGGAGGUGAAAUCGAAAUGUAAUAAUGUCACAUUUAUGCAAGUCAUAGAUAUACUCGUAUAUAUGUAUGUGUAGGGGAGGUGUGUAACUUAAAAAAUAUUUAACUUCUAUAUAAGGGUUAAGUGCUUUUAAGCUUGAUUUUUUUAUUUAAAAUUUUCAACUUUUUUGUAAGUUUGAAUAUUCGAAUUUUAUAUAAUUUUUAUAACACUUUGAUUAAUAAAGAAGUUGUUGCUGUAAAAUUUAUAUAAAUAUAUUUGUACAUAACCGCUUUAUUCAAAUUAAGUUUUAUAUUAUUUUGCGGAUGCAUUUUAUUUUAAAAAAAUUUCGAAGUUAAAAAAUAUUUCGAAAUUAAUAACGCUUAAACAUUUAACGAUGUUCCGAAAUAAAUUUUUUUAAAAGUAAAAUUUCGAAAUAAAAAAAAUCGACAUAAAAAUAGAAAUGGCAAUUAGAAAAAGGCGUUAUUUAAAACAAAAUUGAAAUAAAAUUUUUUUUUCAAAAUUAAAAAAAAUCCCAAAAAAAUAUUAUAUAUACUAACCUCCAAUCCAGUAAAAACCAAAUUUCGCAAUAAGAAACAGUUACCUAAACAUCAAAUUCAUCUUUUUAAAAUACCUUUUAAUAUAAUUUUAAAUACGUAACCCCCCUCCCGUGCUCAUAUAUGACUUACAUAAAUGCGGUUUUAGUUAAGGCUAAGUUAAAAAGUUACACAAAAAAAUUAUAUACCGAGUCUCAACUCAUGCAAAAUAAAUAUUUGUUAUGCACAAAAAAAUAUUUGUUUAUAAAACUAAAUAGUAUUAAAAUUAAAAAAUGUAAUUUUAUUAAACAAAAAAUCGGACUUUGACUAUAAAGGAGCGGUGUGUAUGGAAUUAAGCCGGAGAUAAAAAAAUCUUGUCUGCUAGGUGGAUACUCAUAACUCUGUGUUGUGAAAUAUCAGUUUUCAAAUAAAUCCAACUUCAAAUCAAUAAAUUUCAACUGGGAAUUUAUAAAGUUUUUGAAAUAAUUUUAAAUUCAAUAAUUUCUAACUUGGCUUGCGUAGCCUACUUUCAAAAUAAGUUCUUGCAGAUUUUUUGACAGGAUGAAAGGAUUUCGCAAAACAGGUAAGAUUUUUGAUAAUUGGCUAUAAUUUCGGUUCUUUCAUAUGGACAUAAUUCGUUUACGUUUUUGUUCUGCGACUAAAACAUAUUUUAUGGACAAAAUGUUUUCGAAAUCGGAGAAGAAAAAGUUGAACUUCUGUACUAUUUCGAACAUGAAAAGUUGACUUAUGAUAGGUUCUGAACAUUUCUAAGUAAAACUUGUGCAUUCGUCUUAUUCGCAUAUCACCAGCGCUCCGAAUGUCCGAAAGUUUCGAAAAUUUUGUUUUAUAUUCGAACAUUAACGAAUAUUUUCGAACGAAUAUAACGAAUUUUAAAAUUUGUAUUUUCGAUUAUUAACGAAUGUAAGAGCAAAUAUUUUAAUUUUUUUUCGAAUUUUCGGACAUAGAAAGCUGAUUUAUUAUAUGUUGUAUACUUGUGUAUGCGCAGUAGUUGUAUUCUAAAAUAAUGUUUGUUCCAAUAUUUUUAGGACAAGUUAUUUUUAAAUAACAAAUAAAAUAAAUUUCUAAAAUUCCGGUUUUUUGAAAACAAAUUUUUUUCGAAAAAAUUAUUUUUGUUCAAAAAUUUCUAAUGAUGCGUUUAUUCGAAUUUUUUUCCAAAUUAUUUUUAAUUUCGAAUUCUAACAAAUAAUGUAAAAUUUUGAUAUAAGACUACAGUAAAAAAGUGUUCAAUAUUUUCUAAGGGCUUGUAAUUUCAAAAUCCCGAAAUUUUCAAACUUUGCGGUAUUUUCAAAAUACCACUGAUUUUCAGUUUCAUAUUAUUGUAAAGCAGUUCCAACACGCCGCUUACACAUUUUGCAACACAGUAAUGAUUUUGUUUUAAAAAUAAAUAUUCAAAAUUGUUUGACUUUUUCGUAAAUGAUUUAAAAAAAGAUUAAACUUUUAUUACUGUCUAAAAAAACGAAUUAUCUCGAAACUAACCGCUAUUAUUUCCUUAAAUAUCUAUGUAUGUGUUUAACUAAGUUCGCAUUUCUCAUACUCGUACUUUUUGCACACACUAUUUACCUGAUGUACUCACACGUCCGCUGCUAACAUGCCUUCGAAUUUUAAUUAAAUUAAAUUUAUGUAACUGUGAAUUGAAACAUACACGCAUAUUUGUAUGUGAUGGUAUAUUCAUUUUCUGUUUUCACUAUUAUUUUUAAUAAUAUUUUUAUAUAGUGUUAUUGUAUUAGUUAAGAAAAAUUAUUAAAUUAUAUACCUACGAUUAAAUAUAUACUUAAAAGACCACGACACACACUUCGAAAAUUAUAUAUACAUUCAAGCAUACAAUUCUUAAAUAUAAAAAAAAAAAUAUACAUAUAUAUAUAUAUAUAUAUAGAGGAAGAGUAUCAACAAAAUAGUAAAGGUCUUUAUUUGUAUUGAUAUGAAAUUUUCGAUUUGGCAAAAACAAAAGCGAAAGCGAAUACGAGAAAGCAAAGCAUAUAAUAUAAUAUUUAAAAUGAUAAUGGCGGACCACUAACGAGGUUGAGAACUAAUUAUACAUACUUACAUACAUAAAUUAAACGAAAAUAAAAAUCACGAAAAAAAUUUAAAAAUA